CCGCGUCCGCGCGCAAUUUAAAUUCUGCUCUUGCUUCCAAUUCGGAAAGAUGGGCCCUCCGAGCAGAGCCUCAAUCAGUAACUCUUCAAAGACCCAUGUGCAGACCCCGAGUAUCUCAUCACCUGGAGAGCGGUUGUUCUCUCUGCCCCGGAAGACCCCUCUCAGUGCUCCCAGCACUCCAGUCCUUGAUGAUUUCCCUCAGAAUGAUGAUGAGAAGGAGCGUAUGCAACGGAGGCGUUCCAAGGUCUUUGAUCUGCAGUUCAGCACAGAUUCACCCCAUCUUCUGGCCUCCCCAUCCAACAGGACCACUGACAUUUCGACUUCCGUUCCUAAAUUUACAAACACACAGAUUACAGAGCAUUAUUCCACCUGUAUCAAACUGUCCACUGAAAACAAAAUCACUACCAAGAAUGCAUUUGGCUUGCACUUGAUUGAUUUUAUGUUAGAUAUUCUGAAACAAAAAGAUGCCGAACCAACCAACUUUAAAGUGGCGGCUGGCACACUAGAUGCCAGCACCAAGAUCUAUGCUGUGCGCGUAGAUGCUGUUCAUGCUGAUGUGUACAGAGUUUUGGGAGGACUGGGCAAAGAAGCAGCGUCUCCAGAAGAAGGAGAGAGCCACGUUGCAGAUGGAAGUGCUACUGAAACAGGAACUGCCAAAAAGCCUCCGAAACCAAAGAAGAAGCACUCAUACAAAACCAUUGAACAGAAUAUAAAUAACCUCAAUGUCUCUGAAGCAGAUCGAAAAUGUGAGAUUGAUCCCAUGUUCCAGAAAACUGCAGCCUCAUUUGAUGAGUGUAGCACUGCCGGGGUAUUUCUCUCCACCCUCCACUGUGAAGAUUAUAGAAGCGAAUUGCUUUUUCCUUCUGAUGCCCAGACUCUCUCAGCAGAACCUCUCGAAUUAUUACCAGAUUUGGGAUGGGUAGAAAUGACAGACUUAAAAAGCACCUUGCAGCUGUGUACGGAAGACAACCCUAUCUGCCCUUCACUUGCUGGUUUCCAGUUUACUCAAUGGGACAGUGAGAUGCACAAUGAGUCUGUGUCAGCCCUGGUAGACAAGUUUAAGAAGAAUGACCAGGUGUUUGAUGCCGACGCUGAGGUGGAGGAAAGUGACUACAGGGACUUCGCUGAGGGGCCGCUGGAUGAUGACUUUGAUGCCCAUGAUGAUCCUGACCACACCACGCCUGGGGACCAUACAGAGUUCAGAAGCUGGAAGGAGCUCUCUCAAGUCCAGAGCUGCCAGGAAGAUGGGAUUUCCCUUGGAGAUGGAGAUAUUAGGACGAUGUGCCCUCUUCUGUCCUCAAAACCCGGAGAAUAUUCCUAUUUUAGUCCCCGUACCAUGUCCAUGUGGGCUGGCCCAGAACACUGGCGUUUUCGACCACGACACAAACCAGCCACCUUACAAAUAGAGAACAAAAAGAAAAACCCGAAGAAAGAUUUUGAAAUCAACUUUGAUGAUGAUAUUGACUUUGACACAUAUUUUAUAAAAACAAAGGCAGCUACUGUUCUCACCAAGUCCACAUUGGAGAACCAGAACUGGAGGUCAACCACUCUCCCUACUGAUUUCCACUAUGAAAUAGAUCACCUUGUUCAGCUGUACCUGAAACCGGGAACCAAGUUUCUCAAGGUGGCCCCAAGACAGAAGGCAGAAAGUGAGCAUUAUGAAGAGAUUGAAGACUAUGAUUAUAACAACCCUAAUGAUACCUCCAACUUUUGCCCUGACUUACAGGCUGCCGACAGUGAUGAAGAGUCGAGUAACUUGUUCGUGGGACCAACAGGGCCCUUUGACCUCACCACAUGCCCUCCUCCUAAACUAACACAAGAGAACAUGGAACCUGAAGUCCCAGGAUUAGAUAUCACCACUUACAGGGAAUCAAACCUGGUUGCUGAGCCACAAAAGGUAAAUAAAAUUGAAAUUCACUAUGCCAAGACUGCCAAAAAGAUGGACAUGAAGAGGUUGAAGCAGAAUAUGUGGCAUUUGCUGACAGAGUUGCCCAAGCCAGUGGACACUGAGGAAAACCACAGUGACACUGGAAAAGAAGAGGACCUGGUUCAUGUGGAUAAAAGGAUGCUCAGUGGACUCACCAAGGACCUGCGGAAGAGCCUGCCUCCCCUCAUGGCUCAGAACCUCUCUAUCCCCCUGGCCUUUGCCUGUCUCCUCCACUUAGCCAACGAAAAGGUAGGUCGAACUGGUAAGUGGAGAGUAUUCUCCGCUCAGGGGCCCCUGCCUGUGAUUUUUGUUCCCCCUUCCCUAGGUGACAUGUUAGGGCUGUCUGCAAUCCAGAACCUCCAACUCCAGGAAGCACAAAGCACUUUCACCUCCUUGGGUAUCAAAGGCUCGAGGCAGAUCCUGCCUAAGUCCAACUCCAAAAAUACUUGUGAUGAUGGACUCUGGGGCCCUGCUGAGUUCCAGAAGUAUGUCUGGAACAUAUAUCUGGAGACUGUCCUGGGAGGGGAGCUUGAUUUCUCAGUCCUCUGUGCUGUGACUACUGAGUCCCCACACUUGGCCCAGUCUUCCAGGGCCAAGGGAGGUGAAUUAGGGUCCAGUAAGGUCCAAUCUGGGGCCUUGACUGAUGUUUCCUGCCUAGUGGGAGCCACCUCAGAAGACAAGCUGUGGAAGAGCCUGUUCUUACAGAGACCUGUGCCCAUCCUUGUUCACCCUCCCAGAGCGGGCCUGUGUGGGCGGAGCCUAAGCGAGGCGGGGCGGGGCCGCGGGGAGGCGGCAGGCGGCCGCGCGGCAAUCCUGCAGCUGCAGGACGGCGGGUGCCGAGUCGGAGUGGAGUGCGAGUGCGGCUUCAACGAGGGUCUCCGGCGGCGGAGGCGGAGGCGGCGGCGGCGGCAACAGCCGCGGGACCGCGCCGGGCCAUGGGUAAGCGAGCGGCAGAGCCAGGGCGGGUCCCCCGGUGGGGCCGAGGGCUCAGGGGUGCCAGCAGCGCCGGGUCUCCCUCUGCCCGACUCCGGGGCUUGGAGCGGGACCCGAGAUGGACUCGGGACGAGCCGGGCCUGGCUUGGCACGCCGGCGGCGGCCUCUGCGCCCGGCUGGGGCCGGCUCUCGGUCUUGGAGAAAAGGCAAAGGCAGAAAGGAAAAAGAAAGUCUCGGCGGAGCCGGGGCUUCCCGGGCGUGCAUCUCGAAACUCUCGGUGCCGCCUGCACUGCAACGUCCCGGCCCUCGCGCCCUCCGGAGGGGCGCUUCCUGCCGCGGGUUCUUUCCAUCUCGGAAUGGGCCCGGCUCGGCUCCCCUCGAUGUGGAGUGUGGAGUGUGGUGACAGCUGUCAUCCGCAGCGUCUCAGCCCGGCCCUGUCCCAUCCCGGCCUUGCUGCGAACGAUACCACCUGGUCCCCGAAUUUACAGUAGAUCAGCCGCUUCAAAAGCUGUCUUUGUUCAUCUCCAGCGAGGCAACGAGAAACUUAAGCCAACAACCUCAGGCGAGGAGGUGGGGCUGGAGCUGGGGGUUGUUACUGAGACUGCUGUCAGCAUUACUGUCAUCAUUGAAGCAGGGUUCCCAGAUCUGAGGAUUGAAUUUGACUUUGAUGGGAAUUCGAGAGUGGAAUGGAAUCAGCUCCCAAACACAGGCGGGACCUGGGCACCUCCAGUUAAAGGGAAAAGGAGAUCCUCAGAGGAAGGUGACCCCCAAGACCCAUCUGAAUCCCCUAAGCUUCAUGAUGAGCAGAACAGGAGCCAGAGCCUGGUCCAGCUGGAGGACUCCCCUGAGGCAGGCGGGGAGCGGGAGGAGGAGCAGGCCUUCCUGGUCAGCCUCUACAAGUUCAUGAAGGAGCGACACACGCCCAUCGAGAGGGUGCCCCAUCUUGGCUUCAAGCAGAGCCCAGGGAAGUCUGGGAACCCACAGUGGCUUUAUUGCUGUGAGCUGCUCCACUCCCACCUCCCUGCAGAGCCUGACAUGGCCCUGCCCUCUCUUUCCAGUUAA